AUGAGCGAUGAUGGCUGCCGUUCCGUCAUCCUGCCGCAGUGGUCCUCUGAGGGCAUCAUUGCCGCACUCAUCGACGGAGGCGCUGACAUCAACGCGACAGGCAGCGACCUCUAUGACCUCGACAAUUAUCGUGACGACGAGGACGCCAGUCCCAUCCGAGUGGCCAUCGCAUCCGGCAACGAGACGGCAUUCAACUUGCUGGUGGACGACAUCGACCUUCGCGGAGCAAUGGUGAUGUAGCUGCCCCGUCCGCUGCGUGACCCUCCUCCCGCGUAUGUGCAGCUGCUCAUGUCCAUGUAUGAGCGCCUCAUCGACCGAGACCCCACCCUCGCCGCCGAACGGGCCCCCGGUUGCAAGCUGGUGCACAACGCAGCCCGCAACGCGCAGGACCACUAUCCCCAGCCCUUCAUCGACAGCUACCUGGACCUCAUCACAGCGAACGGCGCCGACAUGACGGCAGCCUACAGCAUUAAAUGGACGCCAGCGCACUACGCGGCAGCGUAUGGCUCUCCCCAGGUGGCCGACUACCUUUGCCGCAAGCUGCCCGCUGGCCAGAUCGACGGACAGGACGGUCUCGGCGACAUGCCCCUCGCCAUAGCUGCCGAGGAGCGCCUCGGGGCCCAGGAUGAGGACGACGCCAGGGUUGACAACCUCAAGCGGAUCAUCCGUUCGCUGCUUCGGGCGGGGGCCGACAUCAAUCUUAUCGCCACAGACACAGAGGAGCGUCGCCGUCGCCGCCAGCUGGUGCUGGAGGAGUACGUGACGGUGCUGAAUAAGCUGCGGGACAACGUCAUGGCGGCCGUCAACGCGGCCCUCACCCACCACCGCUCCCUCGCGGCCCUCCUGACCCCCCGGCUGGCCGUCGGCCCGCAGGAGGCCGCCAUCUUCGGCUGGCGCAUCGCAUCAUACCUCUUCGACAUGGAUGCCGCCCAGGAGGCCAUCAGUGAGGCCAUUGGCGUGCGGCACAGCGACAUGGCCCGGCGUGUGUGUGCGGCAGCGAAGCACUUGGUCCUUUCGGCGGUGUACCAGGCCAGCAGCAACAGGGAGGUGGUCGGCGGGACGGUGCAUCAGCAGCAGCAGCAGCAGCAGCAGGGCGAUGAGGAUGAGAAUGAGCCGGGAGCGAAACGCGCCAAGGUGUCCGUGCCGCCCCUGCAGUGCUUCGCCACCGAUGCGGGUCAGGAUGGCGGGCAGCAUCGGCUGCUGGGUCUGCGUGAGGUGGUGCACAAGGCCCGGCUGGACGAGGUGGCCAAGUAUGGCCUACAGGGGGUGGAGAAGGGCUUCAACGACCACAUAGUUAACGACUGCGACUUCGAGUGGGGCCGGCUCGGUCACAUCGACAGCAGCGGGGCCAUUGUGUCCCUCGCUGAGUCAUUCCAGCCGCACGCAGCACCGGUGGCGGGGGCGGGGGCCGAUGGUGGUGGGAGUGAGGCGUCUCAGGAGGGCGAUGACGGCCGCAAUGGUGGCGAGGCGUCAGAGGGACAGAUCGGCGGCGGCGGCGACAUGCAGGAUGGCGACGGCCAGGCACCGGAGGAGUACGACAAUGACGGCGACCAGGACACCCGCAGACGCACGGGACCCCAGCCAGGAGACCCGGACGACCCGUUUGCACGUCCGUAUUGGUGGCUGACUGAGUGAGAGAGGGAGGGGCCAGCCUGUGUGUUGGUGCCUUAGGUAGGUAGGCAGCUUGCCUGCUGGUGGAAGGGGACGGGCUCAUCUGACGAGUCUGUCUGGACGAUGACUGACGAGCGACAAUGUGCACGGCCUCUCUCUCUCUCUCUGUGUGUGUGUGUGUGUGUUUGUUUGGAUGCGUGGUGACUUCCUUCUCAUCGACUCAACCCUUCACGAGUUUCUUCAUUGGCGUACUG